CCCUGAUUGGAGAAAAUAAAAGUAUAUUUAUACUUUCGGUAGUACAAAUACCAUGCCUAAUUUUCUGACAUUUACAGGAAAAAGGAAUAGUGUUUUACGUCUGUUUAUAGUGGUAUCAUACCAUUACGUACUAUAGUGUCACAUAAAUCAAAUAAAAUGCGCACCGGUUACACAGAGUAACUUCCCUUCAAAGUUGGCUUCAUUGACAACACUUGGGAUGUCUGCAGCUGAAAAUGAUGUUAAAAGAAUGGAAACACGGUGUAAUACUUGCAGAAAGCAGAUGCAAGUUAUGAAACGUUGCACACGCUGUAAAUCUGUGAUGUACUGUUCUAGAGAUUGUCAAGUGAAAGAUUGGCCAAAACAUCAACUUGUUUGUAAUUCUGCUAAUGUUGGGAACUUGCAGCAAGAAAAGAAUAAAUCCUAUCUAAGGAAUGAUAAUAGUAUUUUUGAAGAUAAUCAUACUUGUACAGCAUCUGGAAGUCAUCCUCCAUUAGUUGAUUUCUCCAAGGCAACAAAACAGAAACAAGAUACAAAAACCGUUAACAGUGUAACAAAACCAAAAGAAAAAUGCUAUCUUUUUGUGAAUGAAUACUAUACUGAUGUACCAGUUGUUAAUUGUUCAGAACCCACAUCUUCCAUAACUGUAAAGUGCAACAAAGAUAAACACAAACUUGUUGUUCAAAAUACUUGGACUGGCGUUGAUAUUUAUAAAUUUUUGUCUCAUUCCCUUGAGAUACCAUUAGAAAAAGUGAAAGUUAUACACAAAGGUAAAGUUUUAAGUCGUGAAAAUAUAUGUGAAACAAUUAAAGAUAAGGCAGUGUACCAGGUGAUUGGGGAAGUGGCAGAGAAUGAGGAAGAUUUAGAUCAACGAGAUAUCUGUGUGAUGAUGAAGCAGACAGGACUUGACAGACAAGCAGCUGUACAUGCAUUAAAAAAGAAAGGUGAUCUUCUAGAUGCAUUGCUAGAUCAAUAAACUUCACCUGGUUGAACACUGAAUCAUGCUAUUCACAGAAUAAGAUGGUGAUCACAUACACUUUGUUACAUGUUUAAGAGUAUUAAAUAUAUUAUAUACUGUAUAAGUGGAUAUUUCUACUUGUUGAAAAGUUAACAAAUUUAAAAUUCCAGACAUUUAGUGUGAAGAAAUAGUAGCGAAUCGUGAAAGGUAGAAGUUUAUGACAAUUUGGUUGAUAUUUUACGCUAGUAGAAAUUUUAGCGAUUUUAGUCAAUUUACAAAAUUCACCAAUAAGCCGCUAAGUUUGUAAUCAUAAGUUUGAUAUCGGAAGUAUUUUUCAUUCCAAUUUUUCUUCCAAUGUUGCAGUUCACUACAAUUCCGUUGAUGGCUCACUUGAUAACUUUUCCUUUGUGCCAAUAGAUAAAGUUCAUGAUAAUAUGGAGGGACUAUUGAAAAAGACAUAUUGGAUCCAUAAAAUGGAAACAUUUUGUCAUAAGGGUGCUCUAUAACUUGUAAAGUCUUUUUCAAGAACAUAAUUCUCUUUACAAACUCAUCCAUAUCUUUUUCAGUACAUAUUGGCAUAAAAUCAUUCUUACAUUUAUUUAUUGUACCUAGAAAUGUUUAUUAAUAAAGGAACUACUGACAUUUUAUGCAUUUCUAACCUUUCUAAAUGUAAGGUUUGCUUUUAAUGUCAAUAAGUUUCCUUCUUCUUCAUUGUAUGGUACAUGGAACUUUAUGUACAUGAUAACUUAAAAACGAAAAAGCACGUAAAAGCAAUUUAAAUGUUGAAUACAUGUAUGUUUGCAGCUGAAUGUGCUAUUUUUGCGUAAGAUGUUAGUUUUGUAUCUUCUUGCACUAAUAUGAUGUGCUGAUAUGAUUAACGUCACUUCUCUUCAAAUAUUGUCUUAUGUAAUACAUGUAUAUAUAAUGUUAUAUCUUUGAAAUUGUUCCUUUUGUAUAAUUAUGAUGCUUUACUUUGCUUAAUGCUAUUUCUUUUCAUUGACUGUUUUAUGUAAUAUGUAUAUCUUCGAACAUUCGGAGGCAAUAAAGAUGUAUAUAUACUUGUAUGGUAAUUGAAUUUCUUCUGUGACAAAUUAAUUUUGAACAUAAUGCAUUAAAUUAAACAGAUGAUUUUCAUUUUAGUUUUAAUUAGCGUAAUAAGAUAUACUGAAUGAUAGCAAUGUUUUCUCAAUUAUUAUCUCCCUUUAUACAGAUAAAUAUGUUUUACAUAAGUGAAAAAGUAUUCUUGAAAUUCUGAACUUUCACAUUUAUAUAAUUAUAUAAGUAACUGUUAUUUUCCCACUUCUUGAAUUUAUUAACUAGCUGUAGUUUCUCUGUGAAAAUGCAUCUUUUGAUCCAGUAAUAAAAUGUAAAUCUUUUGAAAAUUACAUAUGCUUGUUAAAAAAUUACUUCUAUAUAUACACAGUCAUAUUAUAUUUUAUUGUAUAAAACAGUAAAAGACGUUGUAUUUUAUUACAUUUCUUUUCUUAGAUAUCACAUCUGUUUGCAUCAUUUUUUUUGUAAUUUAUCCACUUAAGAAGCAUAAUAAAAAGA